AUGGCCCCGGCAAAGAGAGCAACGAAGAAAGCGUCCCCCACGAGCAAGGCAGUGACCUACUCCAAGAAGGCGGGCAAGACGCUGCAGAAAGUGUCAGGGAGCCUGAGGGGCAAGGGAAUCCCGAAGACCCUGAGGAAGAACUUGAAGAGCUCACAGACGGGCUUGCGCACACUGAGCAAGAGGGCCCAGAUCGCUCGCGCGAACCUCAAGAGCAAGACGGCAGUCCUCAAGUCCAAGGGAUCCAAGGACAUCAAGGCGGUGGCAAAGGUUAUGAAGCAGCGGCUCGCAACUGCAAACAAGCACCUUGCCGCGCUCAAGGCCCUUAGGAAAAGCAAGAAGACUGGCAGCAUGAGGAAGUCCGGCAGCAAGCAGGAUAUUCCCUUGGCGAAAUGGAAGAGGAACAAGAAGAAGUCCCGCGGCAGGAAGAAGAAGUCCGGCGGCAGGAAGAAGAAGUCCGGCAGCAGGAAGAAGAAGACCGGCGGCAGGAAGAAGAGGGGGAAGAGGACCAUGCCGUUGUCCACCGCUGUCUUGAAAAUACCUGCGAAUUUCUCCCUGGCGUACUGUCGGGUGACCAUUAUGGAAGCAGGCGACGAGGUGUUCAUCACCGAGUACAAGGCGACAUCUACUAGGGGCCUCUCAGCCGACAGCGGCGUCUUGCAGGUCAAACUUAUGCGUUGGAAGGCAAAUCUGACGCCGGCGGCGUUCGUCGACAGGAGCCCAGAGACAUGGGCGCUGAAGGACGUCCCUCUCUCGGCAACUGGCCCGAUGACCCUCAUGAUCUCGUAUCGCGACUACGCAUGCGGUGCAUACAUGGUGGACGCACUGGUUGCUGCAGAUAAUGCCCAAGACUGGUGCAUGGACUACAGGACCCGGGUCCUUGGGAGCUGCAACAAUGGAGAUGUAAAGCCAACUCCCCCACCCCCAGUGCAACCCGUGCCCACGGUCCCACUCCCCCAUGCAACCAACACCAGCGGCGCCCAUCGUCCCCAAACCCGGUCAACCCUGUGA